AUGAUGUAUCUUUCUCAAGCUUCGCUUUUAUUCUUAAAUACACUUAUUUUAAUUUGUGGAGAAGUUAUACAAGGUAAUUGUGUACAUCAUUCUACGGAUUCUCCAGUAGUUAAUACUGUAGAAGACAUAUCUAAUGCAAAAGAUGAGAGUAAAAGUAAUGAUACUGUUUAUAAGGAAGACUGUGAGGAGUCAUGUGAUGUUAAAAUUAAAAUUACACGAGAAGAAAAACAUUUCAUGUGUAGAAAUUUGCAAAAUUCUAUUGUUUCCUACACACGAAGUACCAAAAAGCUGCUAAGAAAUAUGAUGGAUGAGCAACAAACGUCCUUGGAUUAUUUAUCCAAUCAGGUUAAUGAGCUUAUGAACCGGGUCCUCCUUCUGACCACAGAAGUUUUCAGAAAGCAGCUGGAGCCUUUGCCUCACAGGCCAGUUCAGUCUCAUGGUUUAGAUUGCAGUGAUAUUAAAGAUACCCUUGGUUCUGUCACCAAAACACCAAGUGGCUUAUAUAUAAUCUACCCGGAAGGAUCCAGUUACCCAUUUGAGGUAAUGUGUGACAUGGAUUACCGAGGAGGUGGAUGGACCAUGAUACAGAAAAGAGUUGACGGGAUCAUUGAUUUCCAAAGGCCGUGGUGUGAUUAUCUGGACGGAUUUGGUGACCUUUUAGGCGAAUUUUGGCUAGGACUAAAAAAGAUUUUUUACAUAGUAAAUCAGAAAAAUACCAGUUUUAUGCUGUAUAUUGCAUUGGAAUCUGAAGAUGACACAUUUGCUUAUGCAUCAUAUGAUAACUUUUGGCUAGAAGAUGAAACAAGAUUUUUUAAGAUACACUUAGGACGGUAUUCAGGAAAUGCUGGUGAUGCGUUCCGGGGAUCUGGAAAAGAAGAAAACCAAAAUGCAAUGCCUUUCAGCACCUCAGAUGUUGACAAUGAUGGGUGUCGCCCAGCAUGUCUUGUAGGGGGUCAUUCAGUGAAGAGCUGCAGUAGCCUGAAUAACAACACCGGCUGGUGGUUCAACCAGUGUGGUCUAGCGAAUCUGAAUGGCGUCCAUCACUUUCCCAGGAAACUGCUCGCAACUGGGAUUCAAUGGGGCACGUGGACGAAAAACAGUGCACCUGUCAGGAUUAAAUCUGUUUCCAUGAAGAUUAGAAGAACCUACAACCCAUAUUUUAAGUAA